AUGCAUCUGCCUCUGCAACUGGGGCCCGCCCUGCACCCCACAGCCGCCAGCGUGCAUCGGCAUCGGAGCCAGGCCCCGGACCCCGCCGCCAGCGUGCAUCUGCAUCUGUGCCAGGCCAGGCACCCAGCCGCCGCCAGCGUGCAUCUGCGUCGGAGCCAGGCCCCGGACCCCGCCGCCAGCGUGCAUCUGCAUCUGUGCCAGGCCAGGCACCCAGCCGCCGCCAGCGUGUAUCUGCAUCGGAGCCAGGCCCUGCACCCCGCCGCCAGCGUGCAUCUGCAUCUGUGCCAGGCCAGGCACCCAGCGGCCGCCAGCGUGCAUCUGCAUCGGAGCCAGGCCCUGCAUCCCGCCUCCAGCGUGCAUCUCCAUCUGUGCCAGGCCAGGCACCCAGCCGCCGCCAGCAUGCAUCUGCAUCAGAGCCAGGCCCAUCACCCCGCCUCCAGCGUGCAUCUCCAUCUGUGCCAGGCCAGGCACCCAGCCGCCGCCAGCGUGCAUCUGCAUCAGAGCCAGCGUGCAUCUUCAUCUGUGCCAGGCCAGGCACCCAGCCGCCGCCAACGGGCAUCUGCAUCGGAGCCAGGCCCUGCACCCCGUCGUCACCAGCGUGCAUCUCCAUCUGCAUCUGUGCCAGGCCAAGCACCCAGUCGCCGCCAGCGUGCAUCUGCGUCUCUACCUGCACGUUCAUCUGUGCCAGGCCCAGCAUCCAGCCGCCCUGCAACCGCGCCGCCACCUUCUGCUGCCCCUAACCAGGCUGCUAGGCCGGGUAGAGCCCCUGGUAGCCGUAGAUCCGCAGCAGGUCCUCCUCGCAGCCGCCGCGCUUGGAGGCCAGGCUCUGCUUUCAGAUGCAGUGCUUGUGAGCCAGUCUCUUUUGCCCAGAGCCUUGCAUCAGGGCCAGGCCCUGCCCAUAGCACCCACACCAGGCGGCCAGGCCCUGCCCCCCAAACCCCCUCAUCCAGGCGGAGCCAAGCCCCCCAUGGCCAGGCCCGCCCAAGAAGCAGCAGCACUCCAGGUUUUGUCCCCAGGGGCCGCCCCACCCAGAGAAGAUCAACCCCUACCAGCGGCCUCUCGCUCCCUGGGCCUGCUGGGCAGAGGUCUCCUUCCCCAGGGCUUGCCUUCCAGAGCAGCUCAAGCUCUCGGGAUCCUGAGGCCCUGCGCAGUCCUUCAGAGCCACGUUGGCGGGCAAUGCGUAUGCGUGCCUCCUCACCCUCACCUACUCGUAGGCCCUUAACUUGCCAAUGGGUAUUUCCUGAGGAUCCCUCCUACUAUGCCUCCUCUGCCUCCUCAUCCUCCUCCUCCUCCCCCUCCUCUACCUCCUCCUCUGCCUGUGACCGCUCCUCUUCUUCCUCCUCUCUCUCCACCCCCUCCACCCCAGCCCAGGACCCCUACCCCGCCUCUCUUGGGUUUCCUGGCGAGGGCCCCUCCUCUUCCCCACCUGAUUUUUCUGGCCUCAGGUCCCCUCCAUCUGCCCAUAAUUUGCCUGGCCUGGGCCCCAUCUCCACUCCUAGCCCUGCUAGCCGGAGACGGGCCUUGCUGCUGGGGUUGGAUCCUGUGAGCCCCGCCUAUCCAGGAGAGCAGGCUGAAGCAGAAAGCACCCCUCCCCGCCCUUCCACUCCUGAUCUGUGACCCUCCAUGGGCAUCCUCAUAAGACCCAGGAGGAAUGCCCAGCCACCCACUGUGGGGGAUGGGCUGCUGCUUGCUCAGGGGUGUCCUGUGAGGUUUCCAAGAGUUCUGUGCGCCAGCAACCAAGUCAUGAGUUUGAAAGCCCCCUCUUCCCAGGACCCCCCCACCUAGCACUUAACCUGCUGUUGGCCCUUGCUUCCAGGCCCUCUUCUCCCUCCAAAGGGUCUGCUUUUGCCCCUGAGUUGAGAUCCCCCUUUCCUCAUUUGCCUUUUAUACCAUGUAUCUUGGAAGAAUAAA